AUGUCUGAACUUCACGAAGCCGUCUUCAAGUGGCCACAUCCAGGAGCCUCCGACGUGAUCGUCACUGGCUCCUUCGACCAGUGGUCUGGCACAAUACACCUCCCCCGCAAGGGCUCCACCUUCGAGGGCGGCGUCAAGAUCCCCUGGGGCGAGAAGAUCGCCUACAAGUACAUUGUCGACGGCCGCUGGACCACCACAGACGACCAGCCCACCGAGAUCGAUCCCAUGGGCAACCUAAACAACGUCUACGACUCCCCAGUGCGGCCACCCCCGCCCACUGUCGAGGUCCCCCCUGCUGUGCUUGCGUCUGCCCCAGAGCCAGCAGCAGUGCCAGAGGCGCCGGAGAAGACCCGCGAGGGUGCAGUCACCGGCGCCGUGAUCGGCGUUGUAGAGACGGCGAAGCAGACUGCGGUCGCAAUGGUGGAGACCCUCGCGCCCGGGACGACCUCGCGCGCGGGGGAUAUCGCACCCGCGCCAUUAGAGACAUCCCCAGCGCGGGCGGUCUCGGCGGAGGCCGUUCACCCCCCUACCGCCGAGCCUGUGGCAAUCGCGCCCACCGUUCCCAUUCCUAUUGUCCCCCUCGGCGUAGAGCCUCCUGCGAACGGCAGUUCCACGCAAUCGCCCCAAGCCGCCUCCAAGCCGCUCGAUACCACCGUCGUAGAGGGUACUGCGACAGCAGCCCCCGCACUGGAGGCGUCCACGCACGCACCCGCAGUGAACGGUGCCGCCAAGCCCGCUACGAAUGGCGCCGAGAAAGCCGCGACGAACGGCGCUUCCAAGUCGCCGCCCGCGUCGCCUAACAAGACCAUGCGCUUCCCCUCCAUCGGCUCUUCCCGUCACUCCAGCCGUGCGUCCGUGUCCGAAUUUGGCGAGAGCUCGGGCGCGGAUAAGGAGACGCAUGCGAGCCGCGUCAACACCACGCAGCGGAAAAAGCGCUCCAGCAUCUUUGGGAGGAUUAAGGACAUCUUCCACCACGAGGACGGGUCCCCGCCCAAGUAG